UAAGAGUAGCAGCGGCAUCAGGGCAGGGACUGACUCCAGCCCUUGGACUAAGGCUUCGCACCACCUUACGUUGCGUGCGUGACUCGUUCGCAUAUCAUUUCUGUUUAUGCCUGGGGUGGGGAGAAAUAUCCCAAACCAGGUUCCUUGAAGAUGUGACAGCCUGAUUGGUUUCUCUGAAUGUGCUGAAGUUUGUAGAGGCAACUGGAAGAUUCUCUCUGUAUGAGCUGUGUAAAUGAGUAUGGAAGAUUAUGAUUUCCUGUUUAAAAUUGUUUUAAUUGGCAAUGCUGGUGUGGGGAAGACGUGCCUAGUCCGACGAUUCACUCAGGGUCUUUUCCCCCCAGGUCAAGGAGCCACAAUUGGAGUUGAUUUUAUGAUUAAGACUGUGGAGAUUAAUGGUGAAAAAGUAAAGCUUCAGAUCUGGGACACAGCAGGUCAGGAGAGAUUUCGGUCCAUUACUCAGAGUUAUUAUCGAAGUGCCAAUGCCUUGAUCCUCACCUAUGACAUAACCUGUGAGGAAUCCUUCCGUUGCCUUCCUGAGUGGCUGCGGGAAAUAGAACAAUAUGCCAGCAACAAGGUCAUCACUGUGCUAGUGGGCAACAAGAUUGAUCUGGCUGAAAGGAGAGAGGUCUCCCAGCAGAGAGCUGAAGAAUUCUCAGAAGCCCAGGACAUGUAUUAUCUGGAGACCUCAGCCAAGGAAUCGGAUAACGUGGAGAAACUCUUCCUUGACUUGGCGUGUCGCCUCAUCAGGGAAGCCAGGCAGAACACACUUGUGAACAGUGUAUCAUCACCCUUACCUGGAGAAGGGAAAAGCAUCAGCUAUUUGACUUGUUGUAACUUCAACUAAAGGCCGAGGCAAGGAGAAGCAAGAGGAAUCAUCAGCUGUCCCAAUGGGCCGCAAAUUGCUGGGGAGAUCUGGCGACGAUGGUGGCUCCCGCUCUCAGACCUUCUGACUCCUGAGUUUACAAAGCACGGCAGGCCAAGGGCGUAGUCCACAGGCCGGGAUUAGCAGAACAUAUAAUGGUUUCAUCCUUUUGCAGUCUGGAGUCAGAGCAAGGAGACGAUUGCACUAGGCGCUCCAUGACCUGCAGAGCAUGUUGCUUUUGUUUUUUAAAAAAAAGCAAGCAAAAGCGCAUUCCUGAACACAGUCCAGGGGAAUCCCUCCUGCACACCAGUGGGUGCAUGUGGGGGCUGUUCUUUAGGGCUUCUGGGGACCUUGGUUUUCUUGUCCACCAGAUAAACCAGAACUGGGAAGGCCAAGUACUGUCUCUGUGGUGCGUGUCAAUGACCCCAUGGAGAUUCUGAAGUGUUAUUUCUCUUGUCUACAGGCACUUUCAAGAACUAUGGGAUGUAAAGAUGGAAAAAACCUUUACCCAUGACCAAGAGUUAACAUUUAUUGUUUUAAUGAUAUAUACAAGCUCAUGACUCCUUUUGGUGCUAAUGAUUCCGCUAUUUCACAGACCAAAUGUUUUAGUACAUUGAUGUCCUUAAAUGUAUUUCAUAGAAAUAAAAAAAAAAUUAAGGGAAGUCCAUGAAUCAGCACUCUUUCUCAAAGUCUUGUUAUACCUUUUCUAGGGUGGAUUUGUUGGAAAAGAGAAUACUUUCCUUUCAUGUUCCCCUCUAAAUCUUACCAUUUUCUUCUAUUUUCUCAUCUUUCCUGCCCUUUGAGUAAAUGAAAAAAUUGGAAAAACGAAAAACAAGAAUGGUUGAUAUAAUAUUCUGAUAUGAAAGAUUAGCUCUAAGACUCUAUGAGUACGUGUGAGGAAACAGACCAGAUCUGACCAAAAUACUGUGGAUUCAUGGACUGCAGUGCAGAGCUCCAAGCAGAGCACAACCCUUGAGCGGGUCACAUCUUUCUCUUUCUGGUACUAUCUUUCUCGGACAGACCAAGGCCUGGGGUUUUGUAGGUUUUUAGUGUGAUAAGUGAAAACAGCAACAGAUGAAAACUCUCACGAACCAUUUUUGUAUCUUCAAUGAUAACCUUAGAAAGUUUCUGCUUGCAGAAGCAGGUUCAGUUGUCAUUUGUCACCUCCUUUGUGUAGUAAUGUCACCUUCAGACCAUACCUUCUUUCCUGUUUCUUUUCUCUUUUCCUCCCUGUCUUUUCUGGUCUCUCCCUUCUUUUCUUCUUUCCUCCUUCCCUCUUCCGAACUCCCUCCUUUCCUUAUAUGCAUGUGUUACUGCAAAUCUCCAAUUCAAAUGGAGGUGUAUAUGCCUUUACUUAGCCAAUUUUAAACCAGGAUUCAAAAAUGGAAGACAGGCUGCUGAAUAUGUAUUAUGUCUUCAGUGCCAUACUUUGAUACCUUCCAAUUUGUUCACUGAUAUAAAUGCAAAUUGGGAAAAUAAUUAAACCUGUAUGUUGUUGAUGCUGUCAGAUGUUUAUGUAGCUUGCUGCUUAGCAUAACUGAGGGAUGAGUAAUGGGAUAAGGAUAUAAUAUGCAAUUCCACUGAUUCUGUAGAUGGUGGCAAUCUCGGUCCUGAUAGGUUGAUGUUUGAAAGCUAAUUUUAAAGAAAUGAGUCAUGUAGAGACGGUAUUGAUAAAGCAUUUCUAGCAUUCUCUAGCCUGUUUCAGAGUGACCCACCUCUUGCACAUGGGGACUAUACAUUAUUCUUAAAGGGACUGGAACUUUUGGUUGGCCCUACUGUGUUUGUCCUGAUUGUAUGGGUAAGAGAGAUCCCAGAAGUUUGAAUGGUUUUUUAUUUUAGAAUCUCUCUCUACAAGAAAGAAAAAUAAUUUUAAUAAACACCAACCAAAAUCAUUAUAACUGCUGCCUUUCCGUCUCCGUCUUCCCCACUAAGCCAACAACUAAAGGUAUUCAGAAAACAAGUUGAUCAAGGUGGGAAGAACUUCUGUUUUUAAACUGUACAGAAAUGUCCCUAUAUUUAGAUUUAUUAUCUUUUAAUUAGGGCAAACAUCCAGUUACCAUAGGACAUCAUGACCCAACUUUGUCUCACAGCAGCAAGUGUAUUGAAAUUGAAGUUGCUUUGUGAACUAAGAGGAUAGGACCUUAUUAGAUUGGACACAUUUAUGUAAAAUAACAGCUUCUAGUCAUUCUAGCAUCUGAAAUUCUUUUUUUUUCUGAUUAAGGUAUUACAUAUGUGUUCUUAUUCCCCCAUUGCCCCUCCACCCCCCUGCUCGGGCCCUCACCCCACUCAGUGUAUGUGUCCAUUGGUUAGGCUUAUAUGCAUGCAUACAAGUCCUUUGGUUGAUCUCUCCCCCUUACCCCCACCCUCCCCUGCCUUCCCUCUGAGGUUUGAAGGUCGAAUCGAUCCUUCUCUGUCUCUGGAUCUGUUUUUGUUCAUCAGUUUAUGUUGUUCAUUAGCAUCUGCAAUUCUUAUUCCCCAAAGCUCACCCUCCCCUGUCUACCUUUGGCUGCACUUAGAAGGGGAUUAGAAAGCUCUGCUCUUGGCCUCUUUCUUCCCUGUUACACCUUCUAGCCUUUCUGUAACAUACAGUCACCCAUCCAUGGCCCAUCAGCAGGACACAUGAGAAUGUAGGGCUUUUUCUCUUUUUUUUAUCUUUAGUUGUGUAAAUUCUAGAUUAGACCUUAUGGACACUUAUUCACUGAUGUAGUUCAAGUUUGAGAAUAAUCCCUGAUAAAAUGGUAGGUGUUUAGUAAGUGUAGCUGAAUAAAUAACUUAGUGCCAAGGGGAACUUUUUUGGUUAAAUAGAAAUUUCUCAGAAAGACCUAGAGAAAGGACCCUAAUUAAAUGUGGUCUUCUUAAUCCAGGCCAGGGCUUAAGCUUACUGGUUUGCCUUCUAGUUCUUACUGUCAUGGCAAUAUUUGCUAAGAUGAGUCUCCUUAAAUGCAAAUGAAUUCUCAUUUAGUGGUGAAUGAAAAAGAGUUACUUUCUCAUAAAUCAGUUUGGCUUACUAGUAAUUUGAAGACUAUCAGAUUCCAUGUCUAUUUCCAUUUUUGGUGUGACCUUUUUCAUUUAAUAAAGUUACUAAAUACAUUGCAAUAAAAAUGUAUCCUAUUCAUGUCAUGAAGUCAGGUUUGGGAACAUCUGUGAAAUCAUACAGCUUACUGAUAUUAAUGAUUUAUUAUGGCUUUGUGUCGACCGCAUCCUCAAAGGAUUUUGUGCUUUCUCUUUUACCUAUGCAAGGAUUUUUUCCCCUUUAUAUGCUUUUAUUAGAUGUAUUGAAUUAUAUUAACAUUUAAUUUUUAUUAUAUAGGGCCAAUUACCCUUUCUGUGGAUUACUUAGAUUAGCCUAUUAGCUUUUCCUGGCCUUACUUUUCCCCUUUUAGUCUUUCACGUUCACAUCUCUUCUUGAGUAAAGUGGCAAGAAAACGAAAAAUGAAAAGUCAAAUGGAUUGAUUUGAUGUCUUAAUUUCUGAUUUAGGAUUUGGUAAAAGCCACUGGCCAAAGUUAGAUAUUUGGAUUAGAAUUAUUUUAGCCAAUAAAGACUUCUGAGAGGGUGGAGGGGGAAUUUAAUAGAAAACUGGAUGCAUUUUCUGUUCAUGAAUGUAUGUCCUUGGAAGACACUGGUGACCUCCAGUGUUAGAUUAAUGAUUUGCCUCGUUUCCCCUUUUAGCCAUCUCAUAAUUCUUCCAGAUGCAGCAUCCACUUUCAGGUAAUGAAUCAUUCUGAAUAAAUACCAGUUGUGAUUUUGAAUUGGUCUUCCCACUAAAACCCAAACAUCUUUUUUUUUUUUUUUUUUUUUUUUUUAUAAACCAGCCACAUUAGCUCUGGAAGAGCUCCUCUGGGGUUUGCCCUUUCAUCUAGAAUUGGUUACUUAUUUUCCUCAACCAUAGCCCAGACAGAUGUUUAUUUAUUUUAUUUUAUUUUUAUUGAUUUCAGAGAGGAAGGGAGAGGGAGAGAGAGAAACAUUCAUGAUGAGAGGGAAUCAUGGAUUGGCUGCCUCCUGCACGCCCCACACUGGGGAUUGAGCCCACAACUGGGCAUGUGCCUUGAAUGGAAAUCAAACUGUGACCUCCUGGUUCAUAGAUCGACACUCGACCACUGAGCCACACUGGCCAGGCCAGACAGAUGUGUUUUAAUGCAAGUCUAAUAAUACUUCUAACAUUUAACUAGAAAAUCAAAAGCAGUGAAAAAACCAUGUGUGUCCCAUCCUUCAGUCAUAGCAGUAUAGUUGAACACUAAUUUGGGGAUAAGAGAGGGAUGUUUUCUUUUCAGGUCUCAUUUCUGUCACAUGAGCCUGUGUUUGGAAGGAAAAUUGAAUUCUCUUACAUUGUUCACAUUGGGUAGGAAGUAUACUGAAUUAAGAACUUAUCAUCCCCUGAGGCAACUAAUUAAUGUAGUAAUGUUAGACCAAGGGAGAUGACACUUCAUCUCCUUUCCUAAGAUGUUGGAGUGUUAUAAGCAUUCCUGGAAGCCAUACUUUGAAAUAAGAAACAAAUUGAGGCAUAACAAAGAUGUGAAGGAAUUGAAAAUUUAAGGCAUUUGAAUAUUUGAAGGAUUUUGGGAGAUUUAGCUUGGGAAAGAGGGGGAAUACAAUUAGUGCGUUAGAGCAAGGCUCUGGUUCAAAGGGGUGUAUUGAGGCCCAUUAAAUAGAGGCCAUAGGGCCACAGAGUUGGGCUCCAUGUCUGAGAACAUUCUAUAUAAGAUGUUCACUGUGGAAGGGGCUGCUUCAGUAAUAGUCUUUCAAGUAGAGGUUAGAUACGAGCUCAGCAAAGAUGAUGUAGAAAGGAUCCCAGAAAGAUUAGGCGUUGGACCAGAUGACCUAGUAACUUAAGAUUCUAUGUUCUAGUGCUUUGUCCCUUAUAACAUGCUCAGUUAAAUAUUUGUUGACCCACAGCUAACAAUUUGAAACAAAAGGGCUUUGCUCUUCUAUCAAAAGUGAAUCCUACCCUCCAGGAAGGGUGUUGGUUACAUGUUGUUAGGUCAGGGUUACUUGCCAUUAUGCCCUAGGCUGGGGUUGCUCUGUCAUUCCAUCCAUUGAUGUCCUGUUGAAAUCACUAACUGGUUCUUGAGUUAGACAUUUUUAAAAAGGUAUUGUUUUAGUAGAAGUUACAUGAAAUCAUGAAAAUUGUGUGUUUGUCACUUGCCAGAAAUAAACCAGACUCAGGUUAGUAAAUAAUUGAUGUCUCUACAGGGUUUCAGGAUAGGCCUUUGUGUUAGAGCAGCAUCUUCAGUUGAAGGUCCCAUAAAUAUACCAACAUGAAGUUUUACAGCUCCCAUCAGAGAUGGGCUGGUGGAUCACUGGCAUAAACAGUCCCCAAGUUCUAUUUUGGAAAAAUCUCAAAUGACAUUCGGUUUUAUUCUCUUGAACAAAACAACAACCAUGAUCUGAAAGUGAUUUUAACAGAAAGGAGGCCAAAUUGCUUCAUAUAGAAUGUAACAAAACACAGUCUUUGAAAUUCAGAAAUAACUAUAAGCAACAUUUGCCAAUAAAUCCCAUGACCCAAAUAAUUCCAUCUGCAAAAUAAUAUGCAUCCUUUCUACGCUGAUAGAUUCAUUGGCCUUUAUUAAAAAGUCAUUGGUUUCACUCGGUUGGUGUGGCUCAGUGGUUGAAUGUUGUCGACCUAUGAACCAGGAGGUCUUGGUUUGAUUCCUGGUCAGGGCACAUGCCCAGCUUGCAGGCUCGAUCCCCAGUGCAGGAGGCAGCAAACCAAUGAUUCUCUCUUAUCAUUGAUAUUUCUAUCCCUCUGUUCCUCUCCCUUUCCCUCUGAAAUCAAUAAAAAAAAAUUUUUUUUAAAAAAGUCAUUGGUCUUGUAUCAAUAGGAACACUUGAGUUUGGGUGAAACCCUUUGAUUACUUUGGCUGAGAAGACAGAACAUAAAAGCUAGCCACCUCUUCAUUAAUUGACUUCCUGAGGUGCAUGAGUCAAAUUUUACUUUCCCACUGAGUUAAAGCAGAUUUUUUGGAGAUGUUGUAUUCUAGUUCCUGAUGGAAUCCUUAGUGGGUUGUGAUUCUGACACAUAAGGGAGUGAUGUAGGGAGCUGUAUAGAAGGGGAAACACUAGGCUAGGUGUCAGGAGUCCUAGUACUGACAUGAGUUAGCUGUAACUUUAUGCAAAGCACAAUCUCUUGAGUGUCAGUUUCCUCAUUGAUGAUAGACAUAUAAUACCUGUAGGAUUAUUAUGAAAAUUAGAUAAAUUGAAAGUAUGGUGCUUAGUAAACAGUAAGCACUCAAAUAUUAGGUUUCUCAUCUUUGAUUAAGAGCAGAAUUUGGAUGAUCUCAUGCAAGCAUAGAUCCUUUGGACAAAAUAAGGAAACCUUUACGAUUUCAAAGAAAAGAGCUCCAUUUCUGAAAGGGUCUUAAAAAGAAGCCGCUUAUUUGAUCCAUCAGUUUGCCUUUGGGUAUUACUGUUACCCAAGAGAUUCUUCAUUUCUUUACAUAUUUCAGGAAAGGCAUUCUCUCUUUCUCUCUCUCUCUCUCUCCCAAUAGGUAAUUCCAGGGUUGUAAACUCUUCUAUCAGGAAACUUAACCUUAUUACUGAAAUACCUCACAGUGCAAUUUGAACCUGUUUCUUCCUGAUCCUAUUCAUGGGAAGAAAAAUGGGUUGAUCCUAUCUUCUUUUUAAGGGGCCAUGUUUGGCAUUUAUUAUUGCCCCUUUGCCUCAUUUUUUAAAAUGACAGUCAGAAAAGCUCAUCAAGGUGAUAAUAAUUAUUCCUCGAGGGAAUGUCAGGAUAGGUAUUUAUAAACUCUUAGCUUAUUGGUAUGAUAUUUAGAUCAUAUUCUUACUGUUGGUUAACUCUUGAAUUAUCCAUGUAUUUUUCUUCCUUGUGUAAUGUAAUUGAUAACAAAGUGUGCUUCUGAAGAAUUAUUUUGGUUGUGUGGCUCUUGUUUCCUCCUCUUGGUAAAAAUGGAGUCAUAAUUCCAGUGGUAAUCUGCUUUUAGAAUUUAAUUUCAUAAAUGACAUUAUUUGAUGGACACACAUACCAACAUCGAAAUUUAGCUGGGUUUCUUUCCUUUUUUAUGUGUGCACUAAAUUCUGAAAUAAAAAUUGGAAUACCAAACGCCUAAUUAAGCAAAAAUUCAUGUACAGAAUAACAAAAGAUAUGAAUCUGGGUUGUUAGGAUAAUUUGUCACUAGUUGGUUGAAUGGUGCAUAGCUUUUGUUUAAGGUUACUUCUGCCUGAACUAGAUAACAAUAGCAAGACUUGAUAAGCCUUCUGAAAAACAGCUGCUAAACCCAUUGCUUUCUGAACUGUAAUCAUUAAGAAUAAAUAUUCUCCUCUCCUAUACAAUUGCCGAAUGCUGGUGGAACUUUCUUGUAGGCUAUUUGACAAUGAAUGUUAAUUCAUUUAAAUGAAAAUUUAAAAAAAUCCUCUUAUCCCUUUAAGGCAUGUUGGGGCUUUCAUAUCCCCUGUUGUAGAAAAUUUCAAAUCACUAGAAUGCUGGCUUCUAAUUUCUGCUCAUUGAAGUGUCCUCUAGACAUACCAGAUUGUUGGAACUCCUUUGAUAAUAUGUAAGGGAGCUACAUAAAUGUAUUUGUCAAUACAUUUACAUAAAGGUAAGUGUAUAAAAUUGCACACUUUUAGGAAAGAAAACACUAAUAAACCCUCUAAAUUUCAGAUAAUAAAAGGUUAAGAAGAGAUUUUUGAUAAUCUAAAGGGAAAAGUGUGCCCCAUAUAUAUUGUUGCAUACACUUUAAUGCAUGAUUUUUUUUAGUACAGGGGUGAAAUAAUAUGCAAAAUAUAUCAUUCUGGAGGUCUUCUCAGCAGCUAGUAAAAAUAUUUAGAGAAACUGUUUUAUGAAGACUUAAAAAACCCUUGACAGCCCCCCCCCCAAUUUCCUAUCUCGUUUCAUUAAAACAUGGAUCUUAGCACACACACAAUUUGACAAACAUGCUAGUCAUCAAAUCUUAUGAACUCAAUUCUUAAUAUUUGGCUGUUGGUUUUAAGCAUAUGCUCUCAGUAAUAUCUGAAUACACCAGUAUAUGAAAUCUAACCAUCAGCUUCAAUGCAAACAUAAGACUUGGUUUUAAAUGUUAAUAUCAGAUAUUAGCAGUACAUUGUACCAUGUCUUAUAUGAUCAUGUUCUUUUCCCCUUAAUAAAAAGUCUGUUAGAAACAUAAGCCUAUAAUGACCUGAGUACAAUUAGCUACAAACAUUCUGUAGAAAGGUGAUUGUGUAUGAAAACUUCAAUCAAUAUUAAAAAGCAGGGAUAGGAAACAGGAAUCUAAACAAAAUAUUUUAAAUUUUAAAAAUAAGAUAUAAUUCACAAACCAUAUAAUUCUAUGUAUGGCAUUUUUGCUAUAGACAUCUUUGUUGUAGCAUCUUAGCUGGAAACAUUUUUGCUACAACUAAUUGUUCAUAAGGCAAUUUUGCUGUAAAUGAUAAAAAAAGUUUGUCUUUUGUUUGGUUUCAUUUCUCCAUUGAUAAAUCAGCCACUGUAAAAAAAGAUAAAAUAACUGGUUGACAGUUUGGUUUUGUUUGGUUGGUUUGGUUUCUUCAUUGACGGAUCAAUUGCCUUAAUGUAUUUACGACUUAAUGUAUUUAAGCUGGUCGUCAGUUUGGUUUUAUAUUCCCAUUGAUGAAGUGUUCUCAGUUUUGUAUUAUAUAUAAAUCUUAGCUAGUCCUUAUAAUGGCCUACACAGUGACGAGUAAAGAUGCUUAUAGUGAAAGUACUUAGAACCAUAUAGUUCACCCCCUUAAAGUGUACAGUUCAGUGUUUUUUAGUAGUUUCACAAAGUUGUACAAUCAUUACCACUAUCUCCAGAACCAUCAUCCCAUGCUCAUUAGCAGUCACUCUCCUCCUCCUCCCUCCCAGCCCACCCUCUCCACCUCCCCCGCCAAAGCAUCUGGGAAGCACUAAUUUACUUUCUGUCUCUACAGAUUUGCCUAUCCAUUUCAUAUAAAUAGAAUUAUACAAUAUGUGGUCUUUUGUGUCUGACUUCUUUCUAAAUUUAGCAUACUGUUUUCAAGUUUCAUGUUGUAGCAUGAAUCAAUACAUUCAUUUUAUGUCAUAGUCAUUUUAAAUAAUACUUCAUUAUAUGUAUAUACCACAUUUUAUUCGCCCAUUCAUCAGUGGAUGGAUACUGAGGUUGUUUCCACUUUGGGGCUAUUAUAGAUAAUGCUGCUAUGGAUAUCACGUACAAGUUUCCUGUGUGGGCAUAUGUUUUUACAUCUUUCUUAAAAGCAAUUAGUCUAGCAAAUCUAGUCGUGUGUUCAUUUAAGCAGAACUUCUUAAACUCCUAUUUAGGGAAUGCAACCUAUAAUCUUAAAUCAAUUGUUCAAUUAGGAGACCCCUACAUAUGUCCAUAAGAAUUUUUCUACAAGCCUAAUAUUUAGAUAUGAUAAUUUCAUGAAGACCACUUCAGUCUUAUAGAAACUGAGUUGUCAUCAUAUGGAGAAUUUCUAAAGUCCUCUGCAUUGUUUUAAAGAACAGCUAUAGGUCAUGCUGGAGAGGGAAAUACUCAUUCAAUCUUCUAGGACUCAAUGAAGGAGCGCUUUUAACAUACAAUUUCCUUUAUACAUCAACUGUCUUUUAAAGUUUGGAUUUUCCUUCUUGGAAAAAAAAGAUUGUCAAAUAGCCAAACCACCUGACUGUCCAUUGUAGCUUAAGUGUUUAUUAUUAAGACAUAAUUCAUACUGAGAGUCAAAGUAAAAAGAAUGUAUUUUGUGUGCAAAGGAUGAGUGUAUCGGUAACUUUAUUUGUAACAGAAUUUUUUAAACAAGAUGAAUGGAAAUUGCUCUCCCAUGUACUUGUAUAUAAAUAAACAUUUCCUGUUGCCCACA